AGAAGUCAAAAUAGAGUGGAGACUCGUACCGGCCAAUUGGGCACCGAACUGGAAGAAGAGUUAUGGCGACCUUCUUCAACCUCUCAUCGCCUCCUUCUAUGGUAUUCUCCCAUGGAAAGCUUCGUAGCUGUCAUCCUCCUUUUUCUUUUGCGUUUCCCUUUGCGACCGAACUCAAGAGUGAUCGGGGUUGGGGUAAUGGGAGAUUAGUAUCGCUACAGGUGAAGUGCUUGAAUGACCCGACUAGAGAUGCUACGGAAUCCGAACCCACCUCACUGUCUUCUGGUUCUUCCACUUCUACUGGCAUUUCGUCAUACAGUUGGUGUGCAGGACUCGGAGGGUUAGGGUUUCUUGAAACAGGUUACUUGACUUACUCAAAGCUUACGGGUUCAGAUGCAUUUUGCCCCAUUGGAGGUGGUUCCUGUGGCGAUAUCCUCAACAGCAAUUAUGCUGUGGUUUUUGGUAUCCCUCUUCCCUUGAUUGGAAUGGUUGCAUAUGGCGUUGUGGCUGCCCUUGCACUAAAGUUGGCAGCCAAGGACUUGCCUUCUGGGAUUGAUGAAAGUAAUGGUGGAUUAAUCUUACUUGGGACAACUACCUCGAUGGCAACUGCAAGCGCAUACUUUUUGUACAUUUUAAGCACACAAUUUCCAGGAGCUUCAUGUUCUUACUGUUUAGCAUCAGUCCUGUUGUCAUUCUCUUUGUUCUUCACAACUGCGAAGAUUUUGGGGUGGCAAAAGAUCCGAGAAGAACUGGGUUUGCAGUUAUGCAUAUCUGGUUUGGUUUUGGCCGCUUUAAGCAACUCCUAUAGUGCUUCCUCCCUCCCCCCUGCACGCUUUGGGGAUAAGUUCCUCCCAUUCUCUCCAACUGAGAUCAAGGCACCAUCGAGUCCUUUAGCUAUUAAACUUGCAGCACACCUGCGUUCUAUUGGAGCUAAAAUGUAUGGAGCUUUUUGGUGUUCACACUGUUUAGAGCAGAAACAGAUGUUUGGGCGUGAAGCAGCAAAGUUGUUGGACUAUGUUGAAUGCUUUCCGGAUGGAUACAAAACUGGAACUGAACUAGGCAAGGAAUGUUCAAAGAUUAAAAUAGAAGGUUUUCCGAUGUGGGUGAUCAAUGGCAAGGUACUGAAAGGGUAUCAAGAGUUCCCAGAUCUGGCAAAAGAAUCGGGAUUCGAAGCCGGUGAAUUCAGCCAAGAGUUAGCAGAGCUUGCUAAACAAUCAGCUGAGGCCAACAGUCAACCAUCAUGAAUGUAGAACUCCCACAUAUAUUGCAUACACAGAAUGUUCAAAUGGUUUUGUUGUAGUUUCCAAUUGCAAAAUGUAGGAAAUUUAUAGAACAAGAAAUCGAGAUCUGUUAUUAUAUUAUAUAUAUAUAGCACCUACGAGUCCUGCUUCUGGGCAUUCUAUAAAAGCUUUAUAAAGCUUUGUUUUAGGUUAUCGAUGUAGGAUAAUAAACUUGUAGGCCUUGUUUGUUUUUUAUAAGAAAAAACUCUUAUUAGCCUCUUAUGUCUGAUUUGUUAAGAGACAAGGUCAUUCGGUCUGUUUGUUUUUUUU